AUGUCCUCGUACAAACCAGACAAAACUGAGCUUUCGGUCCUCAGCCUUGGCCUCAACUUCAACGCCGGAGCUGCAAGGGAUAAAAAGAAGUUUGUAUGUGCCGUGGAGAACGCCGUUAGCCAAGUUGAUCCCGCGCACCGUGAUGAGGCCCGCACUCGUGUUGUGUCUGUUCUCUCCAGACUGCGGGGCCCCCCUUCUUCGGCCUUGUCUUCAGAAGAGCGUCAAGCGGUGAAGAGGCUUCGCGGCAACUGCAAGGUCGUGAUCCUUCCCGCAGACAAAGGGAACGUGACUGUUCUGUUGGACAAAGUCGACUACUCCCAGAAGAUGUUGACGCUGUUAGAAGACACGAAUACGUAUGUUCAACUUGACCGGGAUCCAACACCCAAGGUGCAAAGAGACUACCAGAAGCUUUUGGCCGAUGUCUUUC